CGUGUCCGUCUUGGAGCGAGUGUUUUGAACAAGCCGUCCCGUCGUCCAUUCAAUUCGCCAGUCGGUCAGGUUUUUCAGUCAGGUUUCGGUCUUUCUCCCCGUUGCGUCGUAAAGUGUUUUCUUUUUGCGUUCACGGUUGGUGAAAAUAAAAGUUUGUGUUGAUUAGUUGAAUUUGGAAGUGGAAAAAAGUGCAAAGUUGAGUGGGUUUCACUGGCUGGUUCAUCCAUUCGUCGGGUUUUCCGGAGGUUUUCGGUGCAAGAUAAACCAAAAAAGGGGAAAAAGAAGUUUUUCGUCACAGCACAGGGGGGUGGUGAAUUUUUCUCUGUGAAAAAUCUAGUUACCUAUUGCUCCUUUUAGUGCAAUUUCUCAGUGAUUUCGGAAAGUUGUGAAGUAGAAUAAUGCUGAAAUUAGGAUAAAAAUCAAAUAAAAGUAAACUCUUUGCUCGAAGCAAACGCUGGGAGUUGCAUUGGAUAAAUUUCAUCGGUGGAAGAAAAGAGUUCCAUUUUGUCUUCGGUUUUUCCGAGGCGGAGGAAUAAAAGUGCCAGGUUGCUGCCGAAAAGUGGAAAAUAGUGACGACGGAACUGACUGGUGAUUGAGGAGCAGAGAAGGAAAAACUUCCAAGCGACGACGUCUGCAGAGGCAAACCAAAAAGUAGCAAAAGCGGAAAACGAAGACCAGCAGAUAGCCAGCAAAAUGGGUAAAACGAAAAUCCAAUGCAGUAAAUGCCAGAAAAAAUGCUCCGGCGAGGUGUUGCGUGUCUCGGACCGAUAUUUCCACAAAACGUGCUUCCAGUGCACCAAAUGCAACAAAUCGCUGGCGACUGGCGGCUUUUUCUCCAAGGAUGGCGCCUACUAUUGUACCCUGGACUAUCAGAAGCUGUAUGGUACCAAGUGCGCGGCCUGCAAUCAGUACGUGGAGGGCGAGGUAGUGUCCACCAUGGGCAACACAUAUCAUCAGAAGUGCUUCACCUGUAGCAAAUGCAAACAAGCGUUCCAGUCGGGUAGCAAGGUAACCAACACCGGCAAAGAAGUCCUAUGCGAAAGCUGUGUCAAAGGUCCGGUAGCAGCUACGGCACAGACGAUGAACUCUGUGACAGCGUCGCCAAAGAGACAAAUCGAACAGAAGCAGGAACAGAAGACGAUCAAAGAAAUUACCUCCAGUCCGACUAAGGCUGCCACUCUCCAGCAUCACCAGGAAGCGAUCCGGAAGCAGCAGAAUAGCAAAGAUGUCGAUCCGAACGAGUGCGCCGGGUGCCACCAGCAGUUAAAGGAAGGCCAAGCACUAAUCGCACUCGAUCGACAGUGGCACAUCUGGUGCUUCAAGUGUAACGCUUGCGGUGUCACACUGAAUGGCGAGUACAUGGGUAAGGAUGGAGUUCCGUACUGCGAGAAAGAUUUCCAGAAAUCUUUCGGUGUCAAGUGUGCGUACUGCAACCGGUACAUCAGCGGUAAGGUGCUGCAGGCCGGCGACAACCAUCACUUCCAUCCGACGUGUGCUCGGUGCACCAAAUGCGGCGACCCAUUCGGCGAUGGAGAGGAAAUGUACCUGCAAGGUGGUGCAAUAUGGCACCCACGAUGUGGUCCCGGACCGUCGUCCGAGUCCGGUAUUCUGAACGGGGUCGAAACCAACGGGUUCAACACGGAAACCGAAUUCGACCGGACCAGUACAAGUGCAAUGAGUGAAAUUCAGUUUUCGUAUCCUUCACAAACACCAAGUUUGAGUGGUUCUGUUUAUAGUCCUUACACGCAUAGAAAGUACCAUCGUACCACAAGUCCGGGGCUGAUUCUAAGAGAGUACAACCGUCACGGGUACGAGGAUAUUGCUCGUAUCUAUACCUACAGCUACCUUACGGAUGAGCCUCACUACUUGAGAAAACCAAUUGAACCGUACGAUAAGGCACCGGUAUCGCCUCACUUCCAUCGCCCGAACCAGUACGGCAGUGGACACCGGUCAGCGUCCGGAUCACGUUCGCAUUCAAGAAGCCGAAGCGCAAUGAAGGUGCUGGUCGAUAGUAUCCGCUCGGAGACACCCCGUCCCAAGAGUCCCGGUAUGAACAAUGAGGAACCAAUCGAGCUGAGUCACUACCCGGGAGCGAAGAAGCCCCCACCAGGCGAGAAACCAAAGAUUGAACGGGACGACUUCCCGGCCCCUCCAUACCCUUACACCGACCCGGAACGGCGACGGCGCUAUUCCGAUUCCUACAAGCACAUUGAAUCCGAUGAUGAGGUGGAUCACGCGAAGAACAAGGAGGAUAAGGAAAACAUCGCUGAAAUGCGGCUCCAAAAAGAAGAGGAGGAAUUGAGCAAGCUAAAGUCAUCGGGAAUGGGCAAAGUUAUCCUGAAGGACCUUCAGGAGCACAAAAAGUAUGAACACUGGAAACGGGAGAACCUCGAUCCUCGGAAUGCCUCGCGCACUCCGUCGGCAUCGAAAGAACCAACCUAUCGUCUACGGUACGAAUCCCCAGUGGGCGCAUCGCCCUCUCGAAACCUGGACCAUCAUCGACCAAACGAAGACGAAUAUUUCGAUCGAUCAACCAGCUACCGUGGCUCCGUUGGCCGUGCCAUCGGAAAUGCGCCCAGCUAUAAUGUGGUGAGUUCCUUACGACAAGUACCUAAACCGGGUUACGGCUUGGCCCCUCGUUCGCAUACCUUCAGUUCCGCUACAUCUGGUUCCGCUCACGGUGUUCCUGAUUUCUCGUUCGGUGGACUUGGGGAUAAGACCCACAGUACGGAGUUCAGCUGCGGAAAAAGCGAUAUUUCCGUCGAUUCAAUAACGGAAGGCGAUCGGCGUGCCCUCGGAGCCGACAUUCCCGCCUCAAGCACCUACUCCGGCGCGUUGUCCUAUCACUAUCCGCAGCAGCCGAUCCGUCGUAGCUUGCCAAACAUGGCGCACUCGAUGCUGGUGCACGAGCCGGCCAAAAUCUACCCGUACCAUCUGCUGCUGAUUACCAACUAUCGGUUGCCUUCCGAUGUGGACCGGUGUAACUUGGAGCGCCACUUGUCGGAUGUGGAAUUUGAAGCGAUCCUUCAGUGUUCCAGAGCCGAAUUCUAUCGAAUGCCCCAGUGGAGACGCAACGAAAUCAAGAGACGCGCCCGUUUGUUCUAAGAAAGCAACACAAUGGUACCACAGUUGACUACCUAAAAGCCUAUUUAAAGAUUUAUGACCGCGCGCGCAGCUGAGAAAAUGUUUUACUACUAUUACGUACUAUUGUUUAGUUGGAAAACAAUCCAAAUUAUUUUUUAUUUAAAACAAACUGUCUAAAGAAUCACAUAAAAUGUUUUCACUUUCUUUGUGAAACUAUAAAAUCACAUCUGCUUAAUCUUACACCUAAAACGUUUUUUUUUCUUUGAUCAUCUAAAUCUGUACUAUCGAUUUAUUUAACUUAUAAUAGUAAAACGCGUGAUUGAGGUAAAACUAAUAUCUUGCUUCCGCUUCAGAUGCUACUACCUAUCCUACAAUAAGGACGAAUUGUAUGAAAACAAAAUUUGAAUAAACAACAAGAAACAAAAAAGAAAAUGAAAACAAAGUAUAUUUUAAACCUAAGCAUAUUAGAUCGUAGGACGCAUAUUAAGCUACUACUAGAAAGCGGGGAGGGAAUAUAGAUUGCAUUUAUAAACAAUUUCUGGCGCUAAAAUAGUAAUUACAUAUUGACCCGAUACCGAUCCUCAGUUCGGAUUACAGUUUGAUUUUGUGAAGUGAAACGUAUAGGUAUAAUUUCGCAUGGAAUAAGGGAAUUCGGUUGCUAAAUUAAAACGCGUCACUAGGGGGUGAUAUAGGAGCCAAGAGCGCACGGAAACCGGGGAAUGCUUCACGUUAAUUAUCUUACAUUAUUAUCAUUUUCUUGAAGCUGUGUAAAUACACGGGGAAGAAACGGGGGAAAAGAAUAACGAAGGAAGCAAUCAAAUUCACGAACGCAGACAGUCAAGAGUUAAAACCCAAAUCUUGAAGGACCUUUCGUGAGAUUCGUGAGAGAAAGCGGAUAGGCAUGUGUUUCCACAUGAGAAUGUAAAUCGAGAUAAGUUUUAAAUCAGAUGGAAAUGUAUUUAUGAUUUUUUUAUUUCUAAACUAUAGAUCGGUUAAAAAGCGUGCGUAAACAAACUUAUGCAUGGAAUUUAAAAUUGUGAUGCUUUUAGGGGAGGCAUGUAUUUUUUCUAACACAAGAAAUGGAAAACUUUGUCGGCGUAAUUCAACCACUUUAACAUGUUAUAAUUAUUUUUAUCUUUAUUAAGAAUAUUUUCAGCCCUAUGGCCGGUUCAUUUCCGAACCACGUUAACAUGAUCACAAAGUCAAAUUUACCUUAUUUAUUGAUCUCUCGAUUCUUCGAUAACGUUUGACAGGUGUGAUUUUAUAACGAUUCAAAUUUGUUAUUUAUUGCUUAUUACUUGUCUUAUUACAUUUCUAUAUUUUUAUUGCCUCCCCUAAAUAAUGCGAUCUUGGUUUGACAAGAGUAUGCAAAGGUACUCCUUUUGCAUAUUGAAAAGAAUUGACAUUUCGCGAACAAUUCCUAAUGGAAAGCUAUCUGAUAUCGCUAACACAUGUGCGCAUAAUCUAUCUUAAUCAUCUACACAAUUUUGUAUAAGUGAUGUAAGGUAGGUGCGUAACUCUUGAAGCUUUCCUUGUACAACUUUUCGAGAAUUUCUUCGGAAAGCACAAUACCGUAAUUAUCAGCAGACUACAGAUCACGAAAGCAAAUUAUGUAAUUCUUCAAACUAAAUUUGGACAUUUAAAGAACUCAUGGCUUUCAACAUUCGUACACAUGCCUAUAUGGACACCAAAUUGAACUUCAUACGCUAAUACAUAUAUUAGGCAAAGCAAGCACAUCUAUAGCAUGGCCACGCAUUGCAUAAAACAAUUUCGCAUCGCAAUCGUUUGUGUAACGCACCGCUAAACGAACAUCAAAGUCACUCACUGGAUAGGUGAAAUCGAACCUCACCCGAGCGGCGGAGAUGCGCUUUGAUGUGAUGUUACUGUAAUGUAAAAAAAAUCUAAAUUUAAAACAAGAACACAACUGCCAUAGGAAAAACCUUAACACGAAAUGAAAUGAAUUGCAAGAAUGCUGUCGGAAAUUGCUACACUCUAGCAUGCCACGUACCUAUUCAACCAACCUGAAACUACUCGCCACACACACGUUAAGAGGCGCAAUAGCUAAUUGUUUCCGUUUAGGUUCGAAAAGUAUCACAUUCUUAGCAAUAAAUUGCAACCGGAAAUCAAACAAUAGAACUUCUACAGAAAUUCGACCGAAUCGAGAGAUAUUUUAGUCGGUAACUAGAGGGGGACCUUGAUAAUGAUAUUUUUCCAUCACCUAUGUAAUAGCAUUAGAUUGUAGAAUCGUGUUCGCAUAAUAUAAUUUGCCUAAAAGUAAAACUCGAGAUCGUUUCCCGUUAUGCUGCCUUUGCUAGGGUACGAAAUAAAACACGCAAAUGAUUAUCACAAAACAAAUGAAGCAAACAUCACUACUUCUCUCGCGAUUUGAACGUCUAAUGUAAAGCAAACAACAAAAUGUAAGUGCAACAACACACAAAGAUACCUUAAAACCGAAGGCAAGAAAGGCGAAAUCCAACUACGGUUAGAGAGUUACUUUUGUGUUGAACAGAAUAAAUAGAGCUAUUUAUUGGAAAAAAUGAA